GAUGUGCGCCCGGCGCCGCGCGCUACGUACUUUCCUGGGCGGGAAUAGCAAAAUGGCGCCAGAAGUAGUGGCGAGCUGAGUACCCUGGCCCCCCUGGAAGCCUGCGCCGCGGUUUCUGGGCCGCCCCGGCCCCUCCCAGACAUGGAGGACGUGGAGGCGCGCUUCGCCCACCUUCUGCAGCCCAUCCGCGACCUCACCAAGAACUGGGAGGUGGAUGUGGCGGCCCAGCUGGGCGAAUAUCUGGAGGAGCUGGACCAGAUCUGCAUUUCUUUUGAUGAAGGCAAAACCACGAUGAACUUCGUUGAGGCAGCGCUGUUGAUCCAGGGCUCUGCCUGUGUCUACAGUAAGAAGGUGGAAUACCUCUACUCGCUGGUCUACCAGGCCCUCGAUUUCAUCUCUGGCAAGAGGCGGGCCAAGCAGCUCUCCUCGGUGCAGGACGAUGGGACAAGCGGGAAACCCGGCUCUGGGAGCCCCCGGGAGGUGGCGGACCACGAGUUCCUGGCGCUGGAUGACCUGCCGGACUCCGGUUCUAACGUGGAUCUGAGGACCGACCACGCCCCCAGUGAAGUCCUCAUCAUCCCCCUCCUGCCCAUGGCCCUGGUAGCCCUGGAUGAAAUGGAGAGGAAUGCCAGCCCCCUGUACAGCUGUCAGGGGGAGGUAUUGGCCAGCCGGAAGGAUUUCAGGAUGAACACGUGCACCCCUCACCCCAGAGGAGCCUUCAUGUUGGAGCCGGUGGACAUGUCACCCAUCGAGACACUGCUGCCAAGGAUGGAGGCUGGGAGGGCUGAGGAACAGCCAAUGGAAGUCUCUGUGUGCAAGAGUCCAGGCCCUGUGCCCAGUAUCUCCCAGGAGCCAGGCACCUGUCCAGAAGGCCCGAUUCCCGGAGUUGGGGAUGAGGAUGAGGAUGCAGAGGGGGCAGCUGAGUUCCCUGAGGCCACAGCCCCCGAGGUCCCUCUGCAGCUCCAGGAAUCCAGGAGCCCGCAGCAGAGCACCACCCAGCCUAGGAGGCGCACCCUGCGGGAGCGGCCAGAAGCCCCAGAGCCUGUGUCCCAGCUGAAGGAGACCCCAGACCCCUGGCAGAGCCUGGACCCCUUCAACUCUCUGGACUCGAAGCCCUUCAAGAAAGGUAGGCCCUACUCUGUGCCUGCCUGUGUGGAGGAGGCUCCAGGACAGAAGCGCAAGAGGAAGGGUGCCACCAAGCUGCAGGACUUCCACCAGUGGUACCUGGCCACCUAUGCCGACCACGCUGACAGUAGCAGGCGCCGACGAAAAGGCCCAUCCUUUGCAGAUAUGGAGGUCCUGUACUGGAAGCAUGUGAGGGAACAACUGGAGACUCUCCGGAAGCUGCAGAGGAGGGAGGUGAAUACCGACCAGUUUGCCGCCCCCCUUCCCCCCCUCGCCCCGUGGGGUUCAGCAACACCCCUCACCCAUGCUCUCGCACAGGUGGCUGAGCCGUGGCUGCCCAGGGCUGAGGAGGGGCUGUGGCCUACGGAGGAAGACCACUUGGAGGCAGCAGCAGACGACUUUCUGGAGCCUGAGGAGUAUGAAGAGCCUGAGGGGGCGGAGCUCGGGGAAGCCGCAGACCUGGAAGCAGAGGCCAUGCCAGUAUCCCUGAGCUAUGAGGAGCUGGUCCGAAGGAAUGUGGAGCUCUUCAUCGCCUCCUCUCAGAAGUUUGUCCAGGAGACAGAGCUGGGCCAGCGUGUCCGGGAAUGGGAAGACAGCGUCCAGCCCCUGCUCCAGGAGCAGGAGCAGCGGGUGCCCUUUGACAUCCAUACUUAUGGGGACCAGUUAGUCUCAAGGUUCAGCCAGCUCAACCAGUGGUGUCCCUUUGCGGAGCUGGUGGCCGGCCAGCCUGCCUUCGAGGUGUGUCGCUCCAUGCUGGCCUCUCUACAGCUGGCCAACGAUUACACAGUGGAGAUCACCCAGCAGCCGGGGCUGGAGGCGUCCGUGGAUACCAUGUCCCUGAGGCUUCUCACACACCAGCGGGCCCACAAGCGCUUCCAGACCUACACGGCCCCCUCCAUGGCCCAGCCCUGAGUGGGGGGACCAGCAGUGGGCCCCGGGGGCCGGCCCCCAAGGGUGCUGGGCACGCACCUGCCCAUGGCCCCCCCCUUCCUGGCUGGCCCAGCCUAAUAAAGUGGAGUUGCCAUC